AUGCAUCCUUCUACCAUUGCAGCCAUUCUGGCAUUCACUGCUGGCAUGACUGUGAAUGCCGUGCCUGUUGUUCGCCCGGAAGGCACUCCUGAGCCUCCAGCUGAUAGGCUUCGAACAACCGUUGGGCAUACUCAAGCUCGGCCUCAGCUACGUUGUACUAACAGCAUCAGGAGCGAACUUGCCGAAGACGAAUUUACUGUCCCUUCAAUUGGGAAGAGAGACCAUCCGAUCAGGCCUUUGCCUGCCUGUAGUGAUAGUUCCGAACCAUCCAUUGGAAUACUCUGCAUGAGCUCAGACCUUGAGGAACUGAUCAAUCGCCCCUCCAACGGCAUUGGCCGUCCCAGUGUUCUCGGCCCACAAGUUACCAAAAGAGACCCUCGGCGUUUUGCUGAUCUGAAUAAUGGCCACGUCGAUCUCGGCAUCCUGGUCCCCCCCCCAACUCUCGAAGAAUUGCUAGAGAGGAAGAAACAAGCCGGUUUUAGUAAGGAGAAGAGGCAAUCAGGACGUCCAAUCCGCCUUGUUGAGCCUUCAGGCGAAAGUACAGUGACCCCCGAGGAGCUCGAACAAAUAGUGAACAAUUACAAACAAUUCCGCAAAGAAUUCGGCGGCGUUGGCGCAAAGGAAAAGCGCAAAGCUCAGGUCAUCGAUGCCGGCUUUGGAUUCGAUGCCGGAGUCACUAUUGAUCCUUCUGCGCUUACUGGUAGACUCAAGCAGUUGAUUCCUGGUCAGAAGGAGAAGAGAGACAAUGGAAGAUUCAUAAAUAAGGAGCCCGGCCGCCUUGGGUGGGAUCCCAUUCCCACCAUUGGUGACGAGGUCCUUCGGGGGGCCCAGAAUCAGAAGAGAGACCUUUCACGAGUCGUCGACAAUGUAGUCGGCCGCAUUGCGCCUGUCGUUCCUGGCGGCGUCAAGCAAUUCAUCCCUGGUCACAAGGAGAAGCGUGAUCCUCAGGUUAUCGACGCUGGGUUUGGUUUUGACGCUGGAGUUACCAUCGACCCUUCUACUAUCACCGAUAAAGUCAAGCAGUUCAUCCCCGGCCAGAAGGAGAGGCGCGAUCCUCAAGUCAUCGACGCAGGCUUCGGUUUUGACGCAGGUGUCACCAUCGACCCUUCUACUAUCGCCGAUAAAGUCAAGCAGUUCAUCCCCGGCCAGAAGGAGAGGCGCGAUCCUCAAGUCAUCGACGCAGGCUUCGGUUUUGACGCAGGUGUCACCAUCGACCCCUCCACCAUCACCGAUAAACUCACGCAAUUCAUCCCCGGCCAAAAGGAAAAGCGCGACGACAUGGGCGCUGACUUUGGCUUCGGCGCCACCCCCGAUUCCCUUGUUCUACCCGUGCGGAGGCCAAGUCAGAAAGUCACGCGCGACGCCCAGAUCGACGCUGGCGUUGGCUUCGACGCUGGUAUCACUAUCGAUCCUAUUGCGCUGCCUGGUCACAUCAAGAAACUCCUUCCGAUCCAGAGGACUAAGCGCGAUCCUCAGGGCCGCGGAAAGGGACAUGUUUUUGGUAAAAUCGCAGAGGGAGUCGCGGGGGGUAUUGGCGCUAUUGCUGAUGGGCUUACUAUUCACCAGGCGCUUCAGGGCAAGCCGGCUUAG